AUUGAACUAUUUAUAACUAAUAAUCAAAUAGAUAACUUACUUUUCUCAACUAGUAGCUGUAAUGUAAAACCAAAUAAAUCAAGUAUAGUUUGGUAUCCAUUAUUGCCAAAUCUUCAAUAUAUGCAAGUUCUACUUACCAAAAUACCCUCAGUGCUAGACUUGUAUAUAUUUGAUAUAAUAUUAUCUGGAGUUAGCAGUCUUAGCGAAGGUUAUACUAUUUUAGCUAAAGAUUGUACAAAUAAGAGUCAG